AUGGUUCGCGGUGCCGAGUACGACAACGGAGUCCCCCAGAGUGAUAACGCCAUCGACAACGGCCCCAACAAGGCCCACGGUGUCGGCCAAGACAACGGCCCCCUCGACCGCAAGGUCGCCCCCAUGCCCGCCGAGACCGGUUCCGAUCGCGAAGUUUACAGUGGCACCGGCGCCCCCGGCCACAGCAGUGGUAAGGGCGGCCACGAGCCCAAGUCCCUUGGCGAGCAGAAGGGCCACGGUGCUCAGGCUGGACAAUAA